AUGACUCAAUUGCCUCAGAGUUCACUGACUCAACUGAUAAGAAAUUCAGAUGACAAAGAACAUGCACUUUUGUCGUGGGUUACCGAUCACUUGAGCAAAGCAGACUCUCCGAAUCUUGAGACUGCCGAGGCGAUUUGCCAUGAACUAAACGAACUGCUGAAGUCUAUGGCUGAAGAUCAGGAACUAUGUGUUGGGCUAGCAGUGGUUUUAUGCGAACAAAUUUCCAGUCUAUAUAUGGCUUGUUUCAAAACUCUAAAGCCUGUGAAAGGAAGUCAAAUUUAUGACACGGCCCUAUAUUUAAGCAACCUAUUGUGUGAGGACGACAUCACGAAAUCCAAAGCCAAGAAAAAGAAUAAAAGCAGAUCAUAUAUUCAUUCGCCAACGAAGCUGGCCAGUGUCGUUGCUCUUGAACGGAUAGUCAGCUGUUACGCGCAGGAAUUGACAUCUCUUUUACCUCCGCUAUUGCCUGAGAUUCUGAAAAACGUAAAGAAAACCAUUGAAAAGGACAAGUACAUGCAUGCAGUUUUUUUAACCAAACUGAUGCAGCUAGUGGCCAUCAUUUACAAAAACCUCUCAAAAGUUGACUCGACCGUAACUGCAAAGUAUGUGAAAACCUUCAAAGUCAUCCUAGAACAUCUUAAGUUGGAUAAACAAGCAUAUCCUGCUCCUUUUGUGGGCGCUGUAAUAACGACGUAUGGCCAGUUUUACAAAGAUUUACAAUUCCUCGAAUCCCAGUCGUCAAGCAACCACUUUGAAUCCUUCAAGACAAAGUUUUUUCACAACGGUUAUGGUUUAUACGGGAUUUCAAAUGAUGACCUGCGGUUAGAAACAUGCGUUUGUCUCGCCGAUGUCAUGCACGAUUGGUCCACACAAAAAGAACUCAUUACUUUAGAUGAUGUAUUGUCUUUUUUAAGUGAUAUUUUCGUCACCGUGGAGAACCGAUCAUCAAAGGCAGCUACCUUCGAAACCUUGGCUCAUUUUUUGGGACUCUCGAUGACAUCUAAAAAUAAUCUUUUAGCCAGUGGAAGAUACCUAGAUGUUAUCUCAAAGUUGGCUCUCUUCAUUUUCGAAAGCCCAAAAAUCAAAAACCAGAAGCUAGAUCAUAUUUCAAGAUGUAUAGCGUUCUUCGACAUGCUGCAUCGUUUAGUUUUGCGUUAUGUUACUGAAUCAUCUCAGUUGCUUAUGCUUUUUUCUCUGUUUGACUGUGACAAAGACAAUACUAUGGGUUUACUUGAAGACAAAGAGGGUGAGGUUCUUUUUUCGACUAUCGUCUUUCUGCACUUAGGCACUGCCCUAAUGGAAAACCUUUCGUCCACUUUCACCUCCAACAACCGGAAUACCCUCGUCAUCAAAAACAAAUUGUUUGAACUAUCUACCAGUAACAAUUUCCAAAUUAGAGUACACGGAAGCAAAGCAUUGCAAGUUUUCUUGACGUGCGUGCCAAACUUUUUGCCAGAGGUUCUUGGCUCAUCCCUUGAACAGUUGUCAAAAGAACUUUUUGCUACUGCAUCUUUUUCGUUUUCCAAGUGCCACAGUUACACAUUUAUUCUUGCCAGCCUAGUUGAAGUGGCAAGUCCGCAAUACGUUCCUAGCGAACUAAUAAUGAGAGAAAUGAUUUUCGCCACAACAAUUUUGAAGGACCACCCACCAAGCAAUGGGCUAGGUUCCUACUACAAGCAACUUAUUGCUUGGAUUUUGCUUUGCGGGUUAAUGAACUACAAAGAUGUUGACUUUCUUCGCAUACAGUCUUCACAAUUAUUUUUGUUCUGGAAAAGCAUAUUGACACACUCGUAUUAUUAUAAAGAUGAAGAUGAACUUUACAAAAAUAUUGAGCUAAGAAACCAUGCCCUUGCUUGCCUUCUGUCAUAUCUCGAAAGAAUUAGCAUUGACGCUGACAUCGCAAAGCAGGUGUCUUUUCUUUUAACCAAAUGCUCAGCCUACAAUAACUCGAUUCAAUUGAAAACCAAAACAAUUGACAACAUCUUGCUACAAAAUGAAAACAGAAUAUUGCAAGUUUACCUCAAAAUACAUGAUUUUGUGAAGUAUGACUUCAACAGUGCGAUUCUCAUAUUAAUUGUCAAAAAUUUUGCGGAUCCAAAUCUCUACUGCGAACCUCCCCAAUCACUUUUGAAUCGUAUGUCUGGAAACCAAGACGCUUCUUCAAAGGAAGACAAAUCACCCUGCGAUAAUUUAAGCCUGGCGGCUCUUUUAUCAGAUGACUCAGGCUUUGCAUACGGUCUUUCGAGUAAAAUCCAUGAUUUCGAUAUUGAUGAACUGAAAAUUAAAACUGGGGGCGAUAUUAUUAUUAAAUCACUUGAGCCGUGGAAAGGACGGACUGACUAUUGGUUCAGUUGCUUUGAAGCAGAGAUUCUCAAGCCAAUCACAUCAGUGCUGUCAUACGAUUGUCUCAUAAUGCUUUAUGGACCGGGGGGAUAUUCAAAGAACGAGGUGUGCUCGCCCAGAGUGACGACUUCAAUUAUUAAUUCUUCAGUCGAAGUCUUUUCGCUUAUAUUUCCUUUCCUUAAUGACAAAAUUCAAUAUUCUGUUCUAGAGAGCAUGAACUCUUGCGUUUUCUCCAAAAACACGAUCUCAAUGAGAUCGAUAGCCAUUGCUCUUAAUUGUUGCGUUGCCAUUUAUGGCGCUUUGCUCGUUGUACAACGUAAUAAUAUCAAACUUCGUGAGCCGGUUGCAAAUCUUCUAUUAAAAAUUUUAAAAGGAAUUCCUUUCAACAGUAGUGAGUUCACCGUUAGACUUAAGGCUGAAUGUGUUGGCCUGAUUCUUUCUACUACAGAAAGGAUCGUUGAAGAUGGUCUGACAGACGAAAUGGAGUUUGCGAAUAGUGUCUCGGAGGUCAUUGUGAAAGACAUAUUUGUUCAUGAUGAUCCUUUUUCGAGGAUUUUCAAUGCUUUAAGCAUAUCCUGUGUCUUCAAAUACAAACGUCAGAAUUUUCACUUUUCCACUGCCUUAGAGUUAUUGGAAAACUUGAUCAAGGACCCUCACCCUAUUGUUCAUACUUGGUCGUUAGAAGCUCUUUCCAUUUUAAUAGAAGGCGUACAUUCAUUGGACAUUGCGACGUCGUCGAAACUCUUGCAUCUUCUCGAAUCGAUCGCGAAUGAUGGAAAUUAUGGGAAAAAUUCGUCUAACGUUUGGUCUAUCAACUAUAGUCACCGCUACAACUCACAUCGCACAAUCGGUAAAAUCAUUUUGAGUAUUACCCAGCUCUUAGGCCCCGAAAUCAAACUUUUGUCAUCAAGAUCUUUUGCCGCAUACAAGAAUUUGUUAUUUACACAGUUAGGCGCACAAGAUGUUAUUGAAAAUACUUAUGGUAUUUUAACCACAACAAAUUUAGCUGCAUUUAAAUUGAUUCAAGACUUUGGGUUGAAUGCUAUUACAACCUCCGCAGCAACUUUGAUAAGACAAGCACUUUCUAUUGAUUUAGCACAGAGUGAAUACAGAGGUAUCUUUGCAAGUACCGAAGUUGAGGCAGCUGGCCCUUUUAAUGACAGCGCUGUUGGGGUUAGUUUUCAACUAAUUAAUCAGCUUGCUCGGUUAGAGAUGCUCAACCAGUCGUUCCAAGGAUUAGAGAAUCUUAUUUGGUCAUACUUCUCCGUGUUCCCCGAUUCUAAGUUUGUACAAUCAUUCGUCAAAGAGUGGUUUGAUCACACCUACUCCGAAGACCUUUCUUGGGUCGAUCGACUGUACAACAUUUUUUUCAUUUCAGCUCAGCAACUAGCGCUAUUAGAGUACAAAAGUCGCUCUUCUUAUUUUGAGUCAUCUUCUAUUGAGAACAAUGAAGGAGGUGAUUCCAAAGAAGUAGAUAUUAUUGAUAAUGAGAAGAAAACUUUCACAGCAGGGCAUACGUCUGCCACCAAAGUAGAUCAUCUACCAUGGAAGAUGAGGCUCUUCAUAUUGAACCUUCUACGAGAACUAUUCCUGCUUAGCACGAGCUCCAAGAAUAUCAAAGACUGUUUGCAGAAGAAAUUAUCAAAGAUGACAAAAAUCUGUUUUAGCGCGUCCACAAUGAACAUUCCUGAGGUUAAGAAAGUGGGAAUAGAGUUAUUAGGUUUGGUCAUAGAGGCAUUUCCUACCUCUUGUGAUGAUCCAUGUUAUCAGCUUCUUGAAGAUGAAGAAGCUCAUAUUGUGAGCGCUCUGAUGCCUGCGUUCGGGAAAAGUAGCACCCCUUCUAUCCUACCGACAGCUAUUACCGUUUGCACUCGCUACUUGAGUUCAAACCCGACAAGUUUGCAGCGGAAUACAAGAAUCACAAAUAUUCUGAUAACGUCUCUAGCUGAAUUGGUGGAAAAACCAGAAACUUUACUUAUUGGAGAAGUUAGUGUUUGCACUCAGAAAGGUAAAUCGGAGAUAGAGAUAUCUGUUCUCAAUGCUUGGGCCCAUUUGACUAUUGAGGCCAUUACGAAGCGAAAUGUUAUUUUACUCGACUUCGUUAAAACCUAUCUGAAUACGUUAACUCCUCUGUGGGUUAUUAUGCUACGAGAGUUUGUCAGUGUUCAAAACUCUAAGACAAGCACAGGCCGGCUUCGUACUCAAGAUAUCUUAUUAGGUGAGGCUAAAAACUACGAGAAUUGUGAACAUGUAUGGCUUAAUAUUGCACACGCAAUUUCUUCCGUUCAUGCGUUUGAUUCUGCUAUCCUUUCGUUUUGUUUGAAAGCUGGAGACUUGCAAAACUUUGUUUUUGUUAUUUAUGCACAAUGUCUACAGCAUUUGACUUUGACCUUUGAAGAAAAGGGUACAAAGACUAAGACUCUGAAUGUUAUCCAUAGUCUUCUAGCAAUUGGUGUCCCGAGUGAACUCCUCUUUAGUGACGAUAUACUCGAAGAGACCGUCGAAAUUUUUGAGAGGAUUGUCUUAACCGGUAAAUGUCAAGAGAAAACUUGCCUUGUCUAUGUGAUUGAAGGCCUCGUGUCGGAGUACUUGAAUUCGUAUGGUGUAGAAGAUCAGUUCAUUUCUGGAGCAGAAAAGGUUUAUCUUCUGUUGAGGGUACUCAUGAUGAUCAUUACAUCCAAAUUGCCUUUUCUCAAAACCGAAUUGCAAGUUGAAAAAGAUGAUGUUUUGGACGCUCAAAUUCUUGACGCGGUGGACCAAAGGUUGUUAAAGAACUGUUUUUCCUCAGUUGCUCAUUUGGUUUGCAGGUUUCCUGCAGAUUUUAGAAUGGAUUUGAACGCAUGUUUGCUCUUCAUUGUUGGACGUAUCAUGAGAUGUAGUCAGCGAGAAGUUCUAGUGUCUUCAGUACUGCCUUUACUGAAGGAAAUAGUCAGCGUGAAAGAGCCCACUGAUGCGGAAAUAGGACUAGUGACUGUUUUCUUCGAAGCAAACAAACAUUUCAUUUUCCACAAGCUUCCCAAAGACUUUGCUGUCGCUACUGUUCUCAUUUUGAGUAAGUUUACUGCUACCUGUUUUUCUGACGCUGACAUCGAUUCGGUUGCUCAAGUUUUUUAUGAAAGCCUAAAAGCAGACGUUGACGCUGAAGUAACAAUUGUAGCAUUCAAGUCUUUCUUGGGACAAGGUUCAUCAUCCGUCGCAUACAAGGAGGUCGUGCGCCGAAUCGUGCUGAAGUUAGUUUCUGCUACAACUAGUCGCGAAUUGUUGGAUCAAUUUGGGGACUAUAAGGUAAUUAUGGAAAUAUUAAUUUUGUUCACACAAAGCUGCAUCGAGAAACAAUCUGGUCCAACGGAGCCUGCGCUUGCAUUGUGUUUAUCUGCUAUACUGAAUCUCUAUGAGAAGGAAGUUAUCGAUAUAUCUGUGAUAUCUGAUGAGAUUACUAAACUGUUGCAAACUGACGUUGAGAAGUCUAAAAAGGUAUUCAGCGAUUACCUCAAUGAUAAUCAAAAAGCGUUGUUUUCUGAAAUAGUCACUCUUACUAACGGAAAACCGAAUAUUCUUUCGUCAGAAACCGAAAGAGGUAUUGAAUUGAAGAGAUUUAUCUAG